AUGUUACAUUUGAUUCUUGAUCAAUCAUUUCAAUCAAAGUUUAUAACCAAUCACCUUGCAUUACUCACUGAUGUCAAUGAAGAUUUGACAUCUAUAAUGUCAAAUAUUAUUGUACCGUAUAAUAACGUUUUGCUUUUCGAUUGUAAUAGCAACAAUUAUAAUAUUGCUUACGGUAAUAAUUCGGUAGGAUAUUAUUAUAAUUCUCAUAAAGAUUCAUUUAUAGAAAUUGUGGCUUACUUUAACAUCACAAAAUAUAUUUUUGUAAUUAUUACUACAGAUGUAAAUGAAAUAGAAAAGUAUGACAUUUUAUCAUUUAUGAAGCAAUAUGUAAAUAACACUGAGUUUUGUUUUGUUGAAUAUACUGUUCACUUUACAAAUACAUCUUAUAUGACUGCUAUUGCAAAAAAGUUAGGUCCGUAUGUUAAGAAUAUUUUUGUAAUUUUUAAUUCUGCAGAUGGCUUUUUGAGGUUUUUUGAGAUAUGCACAAAAAACAAUGUAACAUUUGGUAGGGUGAUUGGGAAUACAUUAUCAUUUGAGGUUUUUGUAAGAGUUUGGGUUUACUUUUUGACAAAAUCAAAAAUGAAUACAGAAUUCAACUUUUAUUCUCAAGCUUUGAAUUCCUUAGAAAGUGUAUCGUCGUAUGAUAUUACCGCAUUAAUAAAUCUUGUCAAUCAAAAGUUAUCAGAAUUUAUGAUAAGAAAUAAGUUUAAGUUUCAUAAAGAGUCUUUUUUAAAUAAUAAACUAUUUUUUGAUUGCAUUGUCCCCAACCCUUACAGCUUUUUCGAUAUCUUAAAGAGGUAUGUUUUGCAAAUAAAAAGUCAAUAUGAUUAUGAAGCUAUUGAUACAAAAAAGCAACUGCUAACCAAAUGUAAUACAAUAUGCCCACCCGCUUUCGAACAAAAACUUUUGCUUACGGCAACAAAUGAAGAAAAAAUGCAAAGCCGUAUUUGCAGACGUUGCCAAGUAAAUUUUUUUAAAACUAGUUACGGAACAAACAAAUGUGAAAAAUGUCCUUUAGGUUAUACUUCAAAUAACAACAACACAGCCUGCUUAUUAACAUUUGGUGUGGAUUUGACUUUUCACUGCAUUGAAGGGAUUAUAAUUACACUAAUAGCGGCUUUCUCUACCUUGAUCGGUUUAAUUACAGCAGUAACAUUUAUAUUAAAAAGAAAUACACCUGUUGUGAAAUCAUCAAACUUUAUCUUGUCAUUGACUCAAAUAAUAUGUUAUUUGUUGGUUUCCCUUCUUGUUCCACUUCUAUACGUCUCCAACAAUGAGUUGUAUUGUUAUUGGCGAAGUUUUAUAAUCAGCUUCCUGCUUAUUACUGCAACAUCAAUUACUUACAUCAAAACAAGAAAAUACAUUUUUAUUUUUAAAACUCUCAUUCGUUUUACCAAGAAAGAAAAGAUAUUUUCCACAUCAAUUGAAAUUAUGAUGAUAGGUUUCAUUUUGAUUGUGCAAAUGUUGUUGGCAAUCAUUUUACUUGUUAAAUCGCCGCCAGUUGUUAUCUCAUAUUUAAACUACGAAAAAAAAACUAUAACAUUUCAAUGUACUGGAGAUUCCCAAUUAAACCCUCAAGUAAUUUAUAUUGGUUUUAUGUUGCUGAUUUGUUCUGUUCAGAGUUUUUAUGCUCGAAAUCUUCCCUCGUACUAUAACGAGACACUUUCUAUUACAUACAGUACAGGAAUCUCGUUCUUAUUAUUAAUUUGUUACUUUCCUCUUUACUAUGGUAACCACGAUAUCAAAUCGAGAACCACUGCCGUCUCAAUUUUGAUUCUAACGACAAAUCUAAUUUUAAUGACAGUAUUGUUUACACCCAAAAUAAUUGUAAUUUAUUUUAAACCUGAAAUGAACAGUAAGCGUAGUAUUCAUAUCGAAAUGAUGAAUUAUGCUAAAUCAACCUCUGCAACUCUUUCAUAA